AUGCUUUCUCAUUCUGCGGCUGCAGCUCGUAUAGGCUGCCGAAACACUGUCAAUCCAGCCUCUGCCCACUCGCGCUCCGCCCAGACAUUCAAGGCCUUCUAUGCCACAAUACGAAGUCUCCGAACGCCUUAUGAGCCGCCGGAACCAGAUGACGUGGAACCUUCAGAAAAGGACUUCAUCCUUUCUCUCCUCCGCGCGAACCCUUCUCUGAGGGAUACCAGGUCCUACCUGGCUUCCUUUGGUCCUCGUCCUAUGCCUGCGCAGCCCGCGGCGCCUCGUACGGCGGUGAUCCCGGUCCAGACGGAUGAAGACGUAACACAGCAGGCGGAUACAAAGCCGCCGGACAUCAAAAACUCUCCUAGUCCUGUGGUCGCGUCUAUACUGAAUCCAGUGUAUCGGCGAACCGCCCUCGUCAAAAUCCAGGCGCCCUUCACGGACAGGCAGCUCGAAAGCAUCGCGCGUGGCAUGGUGUACCUCGAGAAGCUCGGCCUCGUCUCCGUCAUCGUCCUCGAGAACGACCAGCUCCCGCGCGGCGACUCGCGCGAGCGCACCGCGCUUGUAGAAGAAACGAUGCGCGUCGUGAAUGCACUCGAAAAGCAGGGAGCGCGAGCUCGUCCGGUGCUCGGGACGGUUGUGCGCUUGGGCCCAAAGCCUGGAGAGGAGCAUACGUCCGGAUCGCGAGAAUUCGACCCACCGGAGGCGCACACCUUCCCUUCCGACCUUGUUCACAUUCGGUCGGCGCUCCGCGCGGGCGAGAUUCCUGUCCUCCCACCGCUGGCAUUGGACUCGCUCUGCCGGAGCGUCCGAGUGGACGCGAACGACGUGAUUGCCGCACUUGUCCGAGGAAUGGUCGAAGCCGCUGCGCUGGACAAGAAUGCUGCGGUUCGGGAGGAUAGUCCGUCUUCGUCUCCGGAAGAGAUGGACCUUGUCCCUCUGCGCCUCAUGAUCAUCUCUCGAGAAGGAGGGGUUCCUUCGUAUGCGCGUCAGGGCAUGCCCCACCUACUGAUCAACCUGACUUCGGAAUACGACUACAUUCGGAAUACCUUCGACCCGCGAUGGAAGCUUACACAUUCUACUGCUCUGUCCAAUCUCAGGCUCGCUCGAACCUGUCUCGCUUACAUGCCCCCGACCUCCUCCGCCGUCAUGGUCUCGCACCGUUCUCCGAGCUCCCUGAUCGGUAACCUGAUUACCAACAAACCCGCCCUGAGUUCCAGUCUCCCUCACGCCCUUCUACAAGGCAACCGCAAGCUUACUCCAGACACUCCGACUAUCUUGCGCCACGGUCUCCCCGUCCGUGUCGUCCGCCGCGUCGAUGAUCUCGACAAGACCAAGCUUAAAAAGCUCCUCGAGCACUCCUUCCGCCGCGAGCUCGAAGAGGACGCCUUCUGGGCGCGCAUGGAGCGCGACCUCGACUUCGUCAUCGUCGCCGGCGACUACGCCGGCGCCGCCAUCGUCACACGCGAGCCGUGCCCACCCGGGACCCCCGACACGGUCGCCCCGAUCACGUACCUCGACAAGUUCGCGGUACUGCCCGAGCACCAGGGCGACGGCACCGUCGACUUCCUCUGGGUCGCGCUGCACGACGAGACGUACGGCCUCGGCCUGCCGUUCUCCGCGAACCCGAACGGCGGCAAGGAGGGCAAGGGAGAGGGCCGCGACCUGGUCUGGCGCUCGCGUGCGGACAACCCGGUCAACAAGUGGUACUUCGAGCGCAGCACGGGCCACAUCCGCCAGGGCGACUGGGUGCUGUUCUGGUGCGAUGCCGAGGCGCGGCUCAAGACGGAGGAGGGCCGCCGGGCGAGCGCGGGCCUGUCAUACCUCGAAGAUUGGGAGGUCGGCAGGCUCGCGACGUGGUCCGACGUGGUGAUGAAAAUACCGUCGAGCUGGAAGCCGAAGCCGGCGAAAAAGCAGCUGAAGUGA